AGGAGGGGGUGUUCGGGGGCGCACUGGGUUUAAGUGCGCUCCACAGAUGGGUUCCAGUAAAGGGAAAUCUCUACCCGUGUAAGGACCUUCCAGUGGCUCAUCAGAGGCAAUUUGGAUAUAACAUCUAGAGACGACUAAGACAACGGUGAAGGAUACUCUUCACACUGUUCGAUAUUUGGAUAUACGCAGAAAAUCAAAUAGGCUAUACAGCAAGAGGCACAAACACACCAUGUGGAUUUACAAAUGUGUCAUCUGCAUCGCUCUUCUUGUUUAUUCAGAGAGCAAGAGAAACCCUCUGCAGGAUUACCAGAAGAGUGAUGGAGUUCGCCUCGUGACCUCCCCAGAGUCCUCCUACCCGACCAAGACGAGGAGGCUGAGCCUGGUCAAGUGUGCCAGGAGGUGCAGAGGGAACAGGAAGCUGCCUUGCAGGGCCUUCAGUUAUGAUCACAAAAACAGGAAAUGCCACUGGCUCUCAUUUGACAGUCUCACUUUAGGAGUGCACAAGAAGGAGGACUUCAACUUUGACCUUUACGAGAAGAAAGAUUACGUCAGGGAGUGUAUCAUUGGAACCGGGCAGGUCUACAGAGGAAGGAGGUCCCGGACAGAGAGCGGCGUGACAUGCCAGCAUUGGAGUUCCUUCAUCCCUCACGAACAUACCUUCCUGCCGAAGAAGGAGAACAGGAAGAAGGACCUCCGGGAGAACUUCUGCCGUAACCCAGACAACGCAACCAGUGGGCCCUGGUGCUUCACCACCAACCCAGUCAUCCGCGUCCAGGGCUGUGGCCUCCGCCAAUGCUCCGAGGUGGAGUGUGUGAGCUGUAAUGGCGAGAGCUACAGAGGGCCCAUGGACCACACAGAGAGCGGACGCGAGUGCCAGCGCUGGGACCUGGACGAGCCUCACACACACACCUACCACCCCAAAAGCUCCCCAGAUAAAGGCCUGAAGGACAACUACUGCAGAAACCCCAACGGACGCCACAAGCCCUGGUGCUACACAACAGACCCCAAUGUGCCCUGGGAGUACUGCAACAUCAAAGAAUGCGAGUCAAGCCCUCACAGCGAGAGCUCCACAACGACGGGGUGUUACCGCGGCCGUGGCGAGGGGUAUCGGGGGGACGUGAGCGUCACUCCUGGGGGCCUGGUCUGCCAACGCUGGGACUCCCAGGGCCCCCACCAGCACUCCUUCACGCCUCAGAACUACCGUUGCAAAGACCUGCGGGAGAACUACUGCAGGAAUCCUGACGGCCAUGAGCUGCCCUGGUGCUUCACGACGGACCCUAACAUCCCAGUAGCCUUCUGCAGCAACAUCCCCCACUGUGAGGCUGACCCCGACCAGACAGAAAACUGCUAUAAGGGCAACGGAGAGUCGUACAGAGGGACGCUGUCUAUGACCAGGUUGGGCAUUCCUUGCUCCACAUGGAAAGGCCGCUUGGAGAGCACCAGGAAGAGCGCAGAUGCGGCCGUGCUAAGCGUCGACCCCGAGGAGAGCUAUUGCCGCAAUCCAGAUGGCGAUAAGCACGGGCCCUGGUGCUACACCAACAACUCCUUCAUCCGCUGGGACUACUGCAAGAUCAAGCCCUGUGAAACAUCGAUGAACAGCCUCCCACAAACAAUCGAGGCUCCCAAAGCCAGUUGUUUUAUUCAUAAAUCGGUCCGUAUCGUUGGAGGGGGACCCGCCCCGCCAGAGGAAGGCAGCUGGAUGGUCAGCAUUCAGAAAGGGAACAGUCACUGGUGCGGAGGCUCCCUGAUUCGUGAACACUGGGUGCUGACAGAUCGGCAGUGUUUCUCCUCCUGUGUUCCCGACCUGAGCGAAUACAAAGUCAUUCUGGGAGCUGCUCACCUCAACGCGUCCGUGCAGAGUGAGCACCCUCGACAGGAAGUGAGGAUCUCCUAUAUCCUGUGUGGCCCAGAAGGUUCCGGACUGGCCAUGCUGCGGCUCACACAACCUGCUCUUAGAGCACCCAACGUUCGACUGAUCCAGCUGCCCGUAGCAGGCUGCGGCAUCCCCGAGGGCUUUCUCUGCACCAUGUAUGGUUGGGGAGAAACCAAAGACACUGGCCAUGAGGAUGUUCUGAAGAUGGUCACGUUGCCCAUUGUCGGCAACCAGAAAUGUCAAGAAAACCACCGCGGUCUCCUGCAGACCGGCGAGAACAGAGUAUGUGCAGGCGGACGCAAGGGCGAGGGGGUGUGCGAGAGAGACUAUGGUGGUUCGUUGGUGUGCGAGGAGCGUGGACUCAAAGUCAUCAUUGGCGUCAGCGUGCAUGGCAGGGGUUGCGCUCGUCACAAUCGACCGGGGAUCUUUGUCAACGUGGCCUACUACGCUAACUGGAUCCAUAAGGUGUACAUACAUUACCCCGAGCAGACCUACUGACCUCCAGGGUCAACAACCACAACCUUUGAAGGACAUUUGGAGAUCAACCUGAAAUGAUCUGAACCUUCAAAACCUUGGAGGCAUUGGAGCUGGUGUGUGUGGACUGAAGAGUGUGUGAAUGGACUCAGAGUAACAUAACCAUCCCUAGCAACAGCCACAAUCCUCAGACACAUCAGUGGAUGCCAGUCCACCAAGAACAUGAAGAAAAUCCCUGCAAGACUCCAUACCACUGGAUUUGUGAUCGACACCGACCAAGAUCGGAAUCUGACUAACAUGAACAAAACCCUGCUUAAUCUAGGACAGUGUACCGCAGCAGGGCAUCUGUGUUCCACUUCAGUUGGUGUGGAGAAGUGUGUCCGUGUGUGUCCGUGUGUGUGUGUGUGUGUGUGUGUGUGUGUGUGUGUGUGUGUGUGUGUGUGUGUGUGUGUGUGUGUGUGUGUGUGUGUGUGUCUUGGGGGAUGUGUGGGUGUGUCUGGGUAUAUGUGUAUGUGACGUACGUCUGUGUUCGACUGUGCGUGACCGUGUGCGUUUGUGUGUGUGUGUGUGUAUGUGUGUGUGUGUGUGUGUGUGUGUGUGUGUGUGUGUGUGUGUGUGUGUGUAUGUGUUUUUGUAUGUGGAGAUGGAUUGAUAAGAUUAGUAAGCCUGGAUUCUGUCUGCGUCUCUGCGGCCAGGAGAUGCCCUCUAAAGCGAGAUCAGCGGAUUUGAUACAGCUUUUACUGGGCUUUGGCAAGGAAGUGCUUGGGGCAUUUCACCAACCUGGCUUCCACAAAAGCACUAUCCAUCCAGCCUCCCAUAAUAACUUAACAGUGGCAGUCCGAGCGUGCCCCACAAAAAGACUGCAGAUGUUUCGCAAGCCUCCGAAAUACUAUCUCCUGAAACUACUUGAAAUUGUUUAUGGACCGGUGAUAUGAUUGACUUUUUUUGGUUGUUUUUUUUUGCUUUGUUUUUGUUUUAUUUUCCAUUUUUUAAUCAUCUGAGAAGGGUUGGGACAUUUUCCUUGGCUCACACUGUAGAGCACUUUGCUGCUAAACAGGAGUUUUUGAUUUCAGGCUUGUAAUAUUGUAAUGUUGACCAUCCUAUCGUGUGUAAUAUAGAGCUUGUUAUAAAGCCGACGUAAGCCUGUUGUAAUAUCACUAAAGCAGUCUCUUUUAACAUCAGGAUAUCUAUAAAAACUCAAUAUAGCGGUAUCUUAAGCAGCUGUUGGUAAUGUAUUAUUGUAAGUGAAGUGUCACUUUGUUGUAUAUAUUUAACAUGUGUGGGUGGUUCUGUCACUCUGCAAAGCUCUAUUGGUCUUAUAGACCUUGGAAGAAAUAAGCCUUUUGCAUUCUCAGCAUUGCUUUGUUGCCAGUGAUGUAAAUGUAAAGUAAGAAAGGAGUCGCACACUGGAGCUGAAUGCAGAAUCAAAAACUGUAUUAAACAAAGCCGAAAAAAGUAAAUAAAACUGACAGACAGGGGACAAACAUUUCGGGUCUAGCCAUCAUCAGUGUUCCCAGUUUUGAGUUUUUGAUUCUGCAUUCAGCUCCAGUGUGCGACUCUUUUCUUCCUUUUCAUUAUACUGCUCUUGGAAUUACGCACCGAGCGAUACGCUCAGGAUAAGACAUUGGCGCGGACGCCACCCCACCAUUGCUAUUCAGUUAUGUAAAUGGAAAUACAAACAAGAUUUUCAUAGCUAGUAGCCAUCCAGACAGUUCGAUAUAGUUUGUUAGUUAGUUUAGAAUGCCACCCCAAUCGAUAAGGUAGCUACACUGUGGCUAAAUUUGAUUAGUCGUUACUUUGGAAUACCAGCCCCUGAAGAAUAGCAAAGCUAGCUAAUGUUGAUCGCCAGCAAAUUGAACACCCCCCAAAAAAUAAUUUAACUAACCGAUGUUGCUUGAUAAUUAUUUAAGUAUCAAACAAUAAACAUGACUCCAACCAAGAAUGCAGAGAAUGGAAAGGGCCAUAGUAUAAAAAGUAGUAUGUAUAUAGUUUGUUUCGUAAUGUAAUGAUUUGAGGGAGGUGAGUCUGCGUUUGAUGUAGCAAACCUCAGAGGAGUACCUUAGCUUUAGAGGAGAUGAGCAUGGCUCUGCAGGGCAGAGUAAAUGUGUGUGUGUGUGUGUGUGUGUGUGUGUGUGUGUGUGUGUGUGUGUGUGUG